CUCACACUCUGACAGAGAGUUGCCGGUCGGGACUGGGGGGGGUGGAAGGAUAUCUCGGAAAUAAUCUGCCCACGCGUUAAGCUGCUUUAUCCCCGCCAAGCCUCAGCAGGACAGAGACUGCUCUGCCACCUCCCACAGGGAAAUUGGAAUUAUAGUGGGAGAAAGAAAAAGUGGCACGGGGUGCGGAAUUAAGUUUGACAAAUCUUUGUUUUGUGAAUUAGAGGAGUGUGUUUGUCGCAUACAUGGAAACCUGACUGGACCCCGACAGACAAACCUGAAGCUGAACCCGCUGCCGUGUGUUCAGCCCGGGAGGCAGGAGGCGUAAAACAAGUGCACCCUGGGAAUUUAACCACAGCGAGAAGCUGGCAACGGUGGUUUGGGCAUGGACAGCACUCGACUUUGGAUAUUCCUGAUAACAACUUGUGUUAUUCCAGGAAAGAAUGGCCAGACUGUGGAAAUGGAUGAUGGGAAGUGGGGGUAUGUUGGCUCAAAGGUGGAUCUUCGUUGUCGGUUCAUCAACAGCUCUCCGCCUGUCAAGAUCUCACAGGUAACAUGGCAGAAACUGGUGAAUGGCACUAAGCAGAACGUGGCAAUUGCAAAUCCCUCCCUGGGUGUGUCUGUGGCCCCGCCCUACAGAGACCGUGUCACUUUCAAGAAUGCAGCAGUGAGGCGGCGGACUCCGACUCUGGAAGACACCACCAUCACUUUCUCCUCGCUCCGCCUUUCUGACGAGUUCACCUACAUCUGUGAAUACACCACGUUCCCUGCAGGCAACCGAGAAAACACUGUAAACCUCACUGUCUAUGUUCGCCCAACAACUCAGAUGACUCUGUCCACGCCGACGCUGGUUGCUCGUUCAUCCAAUGUGAAAACUCCCGUGGCCACCUGCGUCUCUGCCAAUGGAAAACCACCCAGUACUAUCAGAUGGGAGACAAGGGUGCCGGGAGAAGUGACCACCCGGGAGUACAGGAACUCAGACGGUACGUUCACUGUCCAGAGUGACUACAUUUUGGUGCCCAGCAGAGAAACACACAAGGAGACGCUUACCUGCGUCACCACCUACAACGAGGAGGUCUUCACUGACAGCGUUACCCUCGAUAUUCAGUAUGAGCCAGACGUUUCGGUGGAGGGGUUUGAUGGAAACUGGUACCUGAACCGAGAGAAUGUCCAGCUCAGCUGCCAAGCUGAUGCCAACCCGGCUGUCUCUCUGUAUCAGUGGAGACUGAGUAAUGGCUCCUUACCGAGCAAUGCUGAGAUUCGAGACAACGUCCUUACCCUUAAAGGGCCGGUCACAUAUGACCUGAAAGGCACCUAUGUGUGUGAUGCAACCAACAGCAUUGGGACACGAUCGGGCUCUGUGGAGGUCAGCAUUACAGAAAAGCCUCUACCGCAGAUAGCAACGGGUGAUGUCAUCAGCGUAGUCGCCUUAUUACUGGCUGCCGGAGUGCUUAUGGGCAUUACCGUCACAGUCCUGGUGCUCAAAAUAAGAAGUAGAAAAGGCGACUCCUCAAAUGACUCUCCGUCCAGAAAAAUGUCCCAGCCAUUAAGGAAAAGACCAGCAGAUGAUAUCCAGCACCCGGGGCGGUUUUAUGAAGAGCUUCCAAACACAGCAGAUUAUGUAAGCUACAGACUGGCCUGCAACAAAGAGGACUACCCAGAGCCCUACUCCCCUCCCAUCAAGCCUCCUCUCUCAUUUCUGCCCCAACACCCCUACAACUCCUCACAACCGACUACUGCAACCAGCAGCAGCGGCACCAACACGCCAAAAAACACUUCCUCUCCUCCUCUUCCUCCUUCACACACCACAGCCAUCUUUAGCUACCCCUCGGUACCAGGCCUGGCUUCUCCUCCCCUGGGAGUGGUGGCGUACACUUUUCCCAAAGAGCAGUACGUCUGAACCGACACCUCGUCAAAAACUAAAACCUGUAAAGCGAGCUCAGAUGAAAUGACCCAAUAUAAACUCUAACAUUUCCUAAGAGAAGGCUGGAAAAAUUUGGUUAACCUUGCAUCAUUGUGGAUAGCACUGGAGAUCAAAGAACAAUGCAGCUUUUAUUGUUGGACUUAAAAUUAAGUCCAGUUUUGAAGCAUUUUCUCUUUUAUUGUGUUAUCUAUUAUUUAAAAAGGGAAGAUUGUUGAACCAUGUUUUAGGUGUUGAGAAUAGAAGAUCAAGUUUAAGAUGAUUUGACUGUCAUUUGAAAAAUUUAUAUUGCAUGGAUGUAUUACAUUUUAUUGGAUUAUCUCUUGAUGUCCAAUGUGGUUGACCCCUUACUUAAUCCUCUAUGGUAUUAUUUUGUAAAAAAAAAAAAAAAAUAGAAAUACAGAAAAAAAAGAUUAUAAUUUCCUAUUUUAUCUCUAAUGCCCACUCUCUUUAUCCUGUGUCAUACUCACUGACCUUUAGUGAGAAACAGCAGACCUCACCAUUUGGUUUUAACCUCCUGUUCUUAUUUACUGUGUUGGUAUUUUGUAUUGUUUAUGUUUUUCUUGCAAAGAAAAAAAAUUCUU